ACUUGUCAUCACACAGCCACUACCAUAUGUAUUCGCUUCAUCACUAACUCAGCUAUAUGCCUUCAGAAGGAGAUACGUUUCUUCCCAGAAUACAAAGCGUGUUCUACGCCGUAUUCGAUUUACAGAAGGGACCCAAAAUUGUGUAUCAGGUUCCAGAAGGUCUCAUCGCGGGAUCGAUAGCUAAUCAAAACUCUAACCAUUCGGUCACCUCUUCCCCUUCGCCGUCGAUAGGUGCGGCCAUCUUGGAACCAGAUGUAACGCCUUCGCGAAGGUCAAGUCCUUCUGUUAAUUCUCAUGGUGGUCGACGUGCGAGUUCUCUCAACGUCCCGUCGCCUCAUCAUCGCUCUUCGUCCUCCAGUCGUGUUCUGUUCAAUUUCGAUGACAUCUCAAAGUAUGUGAUACCUCCUGGAGAGCUCUGUGGACGGCUGGUUAUAUGCGCCACCCGGAAAUACCGUAUCAUUGGCUUUCCUGUUCUACUUCCUGGCAAUCAUUACCAGCGGAACUACUUCCAGUACAACGUCUGCUUUGUCUUCGAGCGGUCUGCGGAUUUAAGUUGCUAUGAACCAAUAGUUCGCAAGGUCAGCCGUGUACUGACGGCCUGCGAGGAAGAAUCAUUUUUCCUCUCCUGUCAAAAAUCAUCGCCAGCCAUGCAUGCCAUCCUCGAGCAGCUAUACGAGGACCUGAACUCUUAUUCUGAAACAUCGAUUCCAAUUGAUGCCUUCAACUCAAUAGAGCUGAAGAUCUUUCCUUUUUACCCUAAUCCACCCCCAGUAAAAGAUUGGCAGGUGCCUCUGGCUCUUAUCAACCUGUCCAAGCGCAUAGAAGAUAAUUGGGAUCUAACGAUGAACAAGGUGUGCAGGCAUAUUGAGGGUGUGAAUCACGUCAGUCGCAUUGCACAUCUAGCCGACUGUGAUAUAGAGCUUACCCGUCAAGCAAUAUCUCACUUACUCUACUAUCAAGUUAUCAUGACUAUCGACAUCUUCCAGUAUUCCAAUAUGUAUACUCUUCGUAAGAAUGUGCAGUGGCUUGCAGACGAGUGCCAUGUCAAGGACGAAUGUGGACCAUAUGUCACGAAGCACGCACCCGGAAGAGCGGUACCGGAUUGGCCGAAACUUCUGCACUUAUAUUCGCGGCUCAAGUCGGGAAAAACGGUGCUGGAUUGGAUGGAGACCUACAAUGUCUAUGAACUUGGCAUUGACGUUCGACGUUUCACAAGUUUCGGAGUGAUCAAGGGGUUUCUACGACGAGUUCAUCGUUGGCCUAUCUUACUUCCUGUGGAUGCACCGUCACCAACUCGCAGAAGAAGGCAAAGCCUCUCAUCUUCCGCAUCGAACGCAAGUCCUACGAGUUCUUCGGCUCCAAUUGGGGAGAUCCCUCGAUUUAGUGGCCGUCCCGAUGCGUCUGGUGUUGCACCUAUGCUUGGUUCUCCCAUGAACCAGAUGGAGGUCACACGAGCACAACAACGAACGAGCGCGGCAGAAAAGGUUCUCGAGCAGCUACGUUUCAAAACACUCCCGCGGGCUGGACCUAAUCCUAUCAUGCGACAACCUCCUAUUUCCCCAGAGGGCUCUGAGCGCAAUCACGAGCGCCGUAGCCGUAUCCUAUCUGAUACCCGAAGACACUCAACUUAUCAACAGCCCACGAGUCAUGUGCCACCACCAUCUAGUGUUACUGGGAGUCAAAGCAUUGCGCACCGCAAUUCAUCGGAAUCGCAGAACGCCUUUCCUGCAAGACCACGACUAUCACGGUCCCCUUCUACUUCUCGCACUCGCCCCCUAAACUCACAAGGCUCUUUGGGUCCAAUAAAUAUUCCUCCACCCCCUGAAUUACUGCCACUUCUCGAUGGAGAUCAUCACACAGAUGAACUUUGUACGCGCUUCGAAGUCGGAUGGCCUCAAUUACAGCAAUGGCUAGUGGCUAUUGGAGGUGGCAAAGGCGAUGGAGAUGGAGAUUUCGGGAGAGUGUCCAUUAUUUAUCGUUGAUACGCGUCUGCCACACGAAUACGACAUGCUUUGGUAAUCUCGGCGAUGCGUUCAUGUUUGCUUUUUUUUAUCACGACGGAAUCCUAAAUGAAAUUCUAGGUGAAUUUUGUUGGGAGUUUCGUAUAGAAAUUUUGAGUGAUCGAUCAAUCUAGCACA